AUGGCCAUUCAUCUCAUGAAAAUUGCAGCAACUAUAGUCGUCGUCUUCAUUGGGUUCUUCGGUGUGGCUACAAGCACUCCAGAUACAAAUAUAACAAGCGUUCUCUGCAACUCUGGAGUGUAUACAGCUGGUGAUCCUUUUGCUGUAAGCCUAGCCUAUGUUCUUAAGGAGUUGGAGACUGCAACAUCAACACACAAGAAUUAUGACUUCUACGACAUAUCUCCUUACCCUAAUGCAUUUGCAUAUGGGCAUGCUUCUUGUAACCAAAACAUCACAACCCCAGAUUGCACUACUUGUCUUGGUGCUGCAAAAACAGAUAUGCUAGGCACGUGUCAAAAUGCGAUAGGGGGUCGAGCGGUUCUUCGUGAUUGUGCAAUAAGGUAUGAGCAAUACCCAUUUACUAACUGA